AUGAACCCCCCGAAUUUGCCCACGGGAAAACCUUGUUCGUUUCUAAUGAACAAAGAACGUCCACUCUCACGCCAAAACCCUCUCACAGUCAACAAAGAAUCCCGCAAGAUCACCAAGAAUCCGCCAUUGCCAAAACCUCGGAAAAUGAUCAAGCAGAUAGAAGAGCCUCGAAUUAUCUAUACCGUGCCUCAAAGAGUCAUCCACGCUUCUCCCCAGGACUUCAAAGACGCCGUCCAGCAUCUCACCAGUAUCAAGCAACCUACCGGAGUCAGUAAAGUUUCGCCCGCAGCGAGGCUGCCUUCGACCAAAAGAACGAGGUCUUCUUGGAGUAAUGGAGAUGCUGAUAUGAUGCGGAUGUUGGAUAAUGGGGUGCAAAGGAGUCAGUUUCCAAGACUCUUAUUGCCAGAGCCGGCGGUUUUGUCGUCGUUGCCUUAUGAGAAUUUUUUGCCACCGGAAAUGCCGCAAAUGCUGUAUAACAACUUUUUACCUCCAAAGUUGCCGCAAAUGCAGCAUUACAACUCUUUGCCGACGACUUUGCCGCAAAUACAGCAUAACAACUCUUUGCCAGCACCAUUGCCACCGGUUACUACGGAGAGUCUUAUGCAGGAGUUAUUUUCUCCGGGGAAUAAUGUACGGAUACCUCCAGAUUCUUUCUUGCCAUACAGUUGGCAGGAGAAACCGUCUGAUAUUUUCUCGCCAGUGACUUUGCCACAAUCAGAUGUAUUCUUGCCUGACACUGUCUCACCGUUGGAAUUUUUCUCGCCGGAGAAAUUGCUAGCCACACAGUUAGAUAAUUUCUUGCCAGAUAAUUGGCAGCCGUCGGAUAUUUUACUGGAAGACACUUGCCAACCGUCGGCUACUUUCUCGCCGGAGAGAUUGCCAUCGACUCAGUCGGAUAAUUUGUUUCCAGACAAUUGUCAUCCAUCGGAUAUUUUAUCGUCAGAAGCUUGUCAACCGACGGAUACUUUCUCGCCGGUGACAUUGCCAUUGGCACAGUCAGGAAACUUCUCGCCAGACAAUUCGUCACUGUCGGAUAUUUUAUCGGCGUACACCUCUGAACCGUCGGCACAAUCAGAUACUUUCUGGACAGACCCUUGGCAACCGAUACCGUUGGAUAAUUUCUCUCCGGUACCAUUGCAACCAACACCAUCAGACACUUGGCUAUCGUCGGAUACAUUCUCACCGGAGACAUCACAACCGAAACCGUAUGAGGUAUUUUCACCGGUUUUAGGCCAGCAGUCGCAGACGGUGUUGUCUUAUGAUGGCUUUUGGCCUGAGAACAGAAUCUUUGCAAAACCGCCUGAAUUUAUUCCUGCUGAUGUUGUUCCGCCACAGACGCCAUCAAACCAGUUCAAUUCUUUCAAUUACCACUAA